AUGGUGAAACUCCCACAAAUCAUCAAAAUCCUCUCGAACAAAAGUGGAGAGGGCAUCAGCAUACCAGGCACUACUUUGGAACUCACUGCAAUCACAAUCCACAUGUCAUACAAUUUUGCUAAGGGAUACCCUUUCAGCUCAUAUGGAGACACAACAUUCCUAGCAUUCCAAACAGUGAUCAUAGCUGCUCUAGUUUUGUACUACAGGGAUGCUUUGGCUCAGGCAGUGUCAUACCUGUCAAUAUACUCGGCAAUAUGUUACACUAUGAUGUCUGGACUGACUCCGAUCUCUUUCCUUUGGUCACUGCAAUCUAUCAACAUUCCGAUUGCUGUAGCAGGAAAAUUGAUCCAAGCUUGGACGAAUUAUAAGAAUGGUAGCACUGGCCAGCUAUCUGCGGUGACAGUAUUCAUGCUGUUUGGCGGAUCAGCAGCCAGGAUAUUCACUUCUAUCCAGGAAACUGGAGAUAAUAUUGUAAUUUUAACUUAUCUUGCUAGCACAUUAGCAAAUUCUAUUUUGGUGUUCCAAAUGAUAUAUUAUUGGAAUGUAGUUGAUAGCAAAAAGAAAGCUCAAUAA